AUGUUAACUAUUCUCGACUUGUCUAGUAACUUACUAGCGGGGACACUUCCAGAUUGUUGGGGGAAAUUUCAAAGAUUAAGAGUUCUAAAUCUGGCAAAAAAUAAUUUAUCAGGGAGGAUACCCAAGUCAUUUGCCACUUUACAACGUAUUGAGUCGAUUAAUUUAAAUAGCAACAACUUCUCUGGAACGUUACCAGCAUGGGGAGGCCAUAAAUUGGGCCAAUUGAUGGUGUUGAGUUUAGAGGCAAAUAAAUUCAAUGGAAGCAUACCUACAAGCCUCUGUAGUCUUCCAUUUCUUCAAGUGCUGGAUCUCUCUGACAAUAACAUUAUGGGGAAAAUUCCACAAUGUCUCAGUCGCAUAAUUGCAUUAUCAAAUACGACGUUUUCAAGAGGAACCAUUUUGCAUAAUCCGGAUGGACUAGUCCCCGGGAUCCUUGAUAAAAUAAUUUCGUAUAGAGGAUUCAGUUGGUUGCAUGAUAAAGAAAUUCCCGGAUUCAUUGACAACGCAAUGUUGGAAUGGAAAGGACAAAACAGAGAAUACCAGAAAAAUCUAGGACUUAUGACAAUCAUUGAUCUUUCUUGCAACCAAUUAACAGGAGAAAUACCAGAAAGUAUAACAACACUUGCCGCAUUAGCUGGUUUGAAUCUCUCAAGAAAUAAUCUCACAGGAUUCAUUCCCGACAGUAUUGGUCAUAUGAAAAUGAAAAUGUUGGAAUCACUUGACUUGUCAAGAAACCAUCUUUAUGGAAGAAUCCCAGCAAGCUUUUCAAACUUGACUUUCCUCAGUUACAUGGACUUGUCUUUCAACAGCUUGUCAGGGAAAAUUCCAAAGAGCACUCAGUUACAAUCCUUUGAUGCCUCUGCAUAUAAAGGAAAUGCUGGACUCUGUGGUCCACCACUCCCAAAUCAUUGCCCAGGGGAUGCUGUUUCGCCAAAUGGAAGCAUCGAUAAAAAUAGUGUUGAAGAAGAUGGAGACGAAGAUGAACUCGUAAGCAUUGGUUUUUACAUCACCCUGGGGUUUGGAUUUUGUGUUGGAUUCUGGGGUGUUUGUGGAACUUUUAUUGUAAAAAGUUCAUGGAGACAUGCUUAUUUUCAGUUCUUCAACAACUUGAAUGACUGGAUAUGUGUGACCCUCAUUGUCUUUAUGGCUCGAAUGAAAAGGAGAUUCCAAGUUCAAGACUAA